UAUCAUACGUGUGUGUAUCUAUUUUUAACCUCAUUGGGAUUAAGUACUUUCGUUUUGAAAGACAAAAUUGCAGAGAUAACCAGAAGGCAUAUCUGGGGAUUAAUCCUCAUAGGGGUAAUUUGUGGUACCUACUUGAUGCCAGUUCUGUUGACUGUAGUGAAAAACUUUUGCAGAGCCAUGAGUACAUACACACCUGGAACUCAUUCUAUGGCCUUUGUCACAGUACCUGAUCUGGAAGUUGCCAAAAAGCUCUCUCAUGGUAUAGUGAAGAAUAAGUUAGCAGCAUGUGUCAAUAUAAUACCAGGCAUUACAUCUGUUUAUGAAUGGGAAGAAAAAAUCAAUGAAGAUGGGGAACUGCUAUUGAUGAUAAAAACAGCAACAGAUAAAGUUGAUGAUCUGUCCAAGUUUGUGAGAGAAAAUCAUCCAUAUGAUUGUGCAGAGGUCAUAAGUUCAAAGAUUGAUAAUGGCAAUCCACCAUAUCUGAAGUGGAUCAGUGAUACUGUAGGUGCAUCUGACAAAAAACCAAAGAUUGACAGCUAACUCUUGACAUUAUAGAAUUGAAAUAGAUGUGCAUUUUGUAGGAUGAUUAUGUCCUACUUCAAGAUAUUAUUCAUUUGUUUAAAGGCAUUCACCACUAAAUAAAUAAAUUUGGUGUUUUUACUGUCUUCUGAUUGGUUAAAAUUAUUAGUUUUAUUUUCAAUGUUGUCAAUUUUGAUGGCGACACGCCCACUCUGACAUUGUGUAUUCAUACGCCAACAUGUGUGUACGUUGUUAUUGUAAAUAUAAACAAUUUAAAAAGUUCUUUGAGUCUUGUUUUUGAUAAAAAUUUAUUUAUAAUGAAUGGCAAUAAUAUAUUUUGAUUUUAUUGAACCAUAAAACUAAUUUUUGACUCUUCGCAUUUUACAUAAUCCGCUUCGCGGAUUAUUCAAUGUAAAGAGUCAAAAAUUAGUUUUAUGGUUCAAUAAAUUCAAAAUAGAUAAUAGCCAUUCAUUAAGUGGUUAUGGCAUAUUGUGUUACUUAUGUCCAUCAUUUUGUCAUUUUGUUCGUUUAAAAUUAAUCAGUUGUUUGUUAUGCCCAUGGGUCUGUGCUUUUUGUAUUUGAUGGUGUCAGAUAUGCUUUUAGAAUAGAUCACUUUUUUUUUUAUUUGUCAAAUAUCUCAGUUUCACUUAUGUAAAAUAGCAAUAGUUUAAAAUUUUAUUCUUUUGAGUAGAUGUCUGCAUAUAUGUAACAUAGAAUAUUUUAUUCACUGUAUUCUCUCUGUUGGGAAGACUACAUUCGUGAACAAAUUUCUGGAUUUUCCUACCCAUAGGAUUUCAUAUCCGAUUUAAUGAACACAGAAAUGUUAAAAAAAUCAAUAUUCAUUUGACGUAUGAAAGUUGAGCUCAACUGUAACAAGAGAAUAUAAGUUUAAGUUGUUUUUCAUGUAUUUGAAGAUUGAAAUAAUUUAGAGGCAUUAUCCUUAAGUGUGUUGAGUUGGAGAUCAUUGACUUUGCUUUACAUCUUAGUUAAGAAGUUGUCAAAGACAUAACAAUUACAGUUGACAUUGUUUGACAACAAUAAGGAUUGGGAUACUUCAAAUUGAUUAUAUUAAGUAUCUAAUUGUCAAAAUCUAAGUAUGCAAAUGAAAUGUUGACAUGCCACCUAAGGUAUUAUCUAUAGUUGACAGUUUUAAUUAUAACAACAUUUGAAUAAACAUCGUUACAAGCCUAGAAAGCUAGUCUGUAGAGAUUAAUUUCAAUUCUUGUGAACAUUGUACUUGAUUUAGCAUUUUUUAGCUAUAGAUCGAGCAUCACUGAUCAGUACUUUGUAGACAAAAUGUCUGUCUGGCUUACAAAUUAUAAGCCUGUAAGAGAAUGAUGUUGUUUCAGAUCGACAUUUAAGAUAAUCGUUGUGUGCAACAUUCAUUUUUGUAAUUUUAUGUUAAAUCAGUCCUAAAGUUAACCUAAAAAAGCUAGUAUUUUUAUGUCUGCUUUUUUCUGGUGAAAUGUAUAAAAGCAUUUUGUCAAUAGAAUUACACAUACGCUUGAAAAGCUCAUAUUUAAUGUCCAAUUGUUUCUUAUAAUGUAUAAAAGUGUUUUGUCAAUAAAAUAACACAUGCUUGAAAAGCUAGUGUCUAUGUUUUUUUUUGGGUUAAAUGUAUAACAGUAUUUCGUCAAUAAAAUAUGCCAAGUGAAGUA